AUGGUGCAGAUACUUACAGGCCAUGGGUCUUUUGGUAAAUACCUGCACCGAAUAGAGAGGGAAGAAUCCCCCAUGUGUCAUGAGUGUGGCGCAUUAGUAGAUACGCCCCGUCAUGUUCUCGAAGAGUGCCCUGCAUGGGGGCCCCAGCGGGCCAGCCUGCAGGCAAUAAUAGGUACAGACCUCUCGCUGCAAAGCAUUGUGAAGUCUAUGCAUGAUAGCGAGGAGGCAUGGACGGCGAUGGUCUCCUUCAGCCAUUAUGUUAUGUCGCAGAAGGAGACAGCGGAACGUGCGCGCGAGAACGACCCUGACGCGCACACACUCCGCCGUCGACGGACUGGCGGCAGAGCCAGGCGCUACGCGCACCUGAUGCCUCCUCCGUAA